UCUGCUCUUUGAGCUUCUGAGAGCCUCUGAUUUCCUCCAUCAGGUUGUAUCAGACUCCUGUAACCUCAUGGUGGCUACGCCCUAUGGUUUGAGCCUGAGACCUCGGAGCCUCUGAAAAGCCUUAUUGAUAGAUCUCUGCUGUAUUCACAAGAGUGGAUUCAGGCGGAGUUGGACACAAAUCUGAAAGAGUCCGGAUCAGUGUGGAACAGCAGGAACAGUGUCUGACAACACAAUGGCAUCACCAGCCCCUCUGUCCAAGGCCAACACCACCUUCUGUCUGGAUCUGUUCAGAAAGCUGAGCGACAACAACAACACUGCAAAUGUCUUCUUCUCUCCUUUUAGCAUCUCUUCAGCCCUGGCUAUGGUGAUGCUGGGAGCCAGAGGAAACACAGCCACACAGAUAUCAGAGUGUCUGAAAACCCAGGACUGUCAGGACGUCCACACCAGCUUUACCCAACUGCUGACUGAGUUCAACAAGGCAGAUGCUCCGUACGCCCUCAGUGUGGCCAACAGACUGUACGGGGAACAGUCCUACCAGUUUGUUGAGGAUUUCUUAACACAAACCAGGAAGCUCUACAACGCUGAGCUGGAGUCAGUGGACUUCAAAACCAGCUUUGAGGCAGCAAGAGUCAACAUCAACAGCUGGGUGGAGAAGCAGACACAAGGUAAAAUCAGAGACAUGCUGCCCAAAGAUGUACUGGACAAUGACAGCAGGCUGGUGCUGGUCAAUGCCAUGUACUUUAAAGGCACCUGGAACAAAACGUUUGAGCGGAUAGAUACUUAUGAUGCUAAGUUCAGACUCAACAAGAGUGACACUAAGCCAGUGAAGAUGAUGAACAAGACAGCUGACUUUCCUCUUGCCUCCAUUCCUGAGGCCAACUGCCAGAUCCUAGAGAUGCCCUACAAAGGGAAGGAGCUCAGCAUGCUCAUCUUUCUACCUAAUGAGAUAGAGGAUGAUACCACCGGUCUGGAGAAGCUGGAGAAGCAGCUGACCUAUGAGAAAUUUGUGGAGUGGACUCGUCCAGACAUGAUGUCUGAGGUUGAGGUUGAUGUGAAGCUGCCUCAAUUCAAGUUGGAGGAGACGUAUGACCUGAAAGGCGUCCUGAAAAACAUGGGCAUGGUGGACGCUUUUGAUGACAAGAAGAGUGACUUCUCUGGCAUGUCUGGGACCAAAGACCUGGUUCUGUCAAAAGUCAUCCACAAGACUCAUGUGGAGGUGAACGAGGAGGGAACUGAGGCUGCUGCUGCCACUGGCGCUUGUGUCCGUCUUUUGUCAGGGCGUAUGUAUUUCAAUUUAGCCCACUUCAUCGCAGACCACCCCUUCCUCUUCUUCAUCCGACAUAACACCACCAUGAGCGUUCUGUUCGCCGGCCGAUUCUGCUCCCCUGUGUGAGCGCUGUGUCCCCCAGAGCAGUGUGACUCCACAGGUGGAGGUUACGUGGGAUGUAGCUACACUCAAACAGUCCACAGCCCCUCUGCAUUGCUCUAGCUAUAAAUCACAUUUCCCCUCUCAGUUACUUUUACAAAGUGUAAAAUGUGGCUCUGCACAGUGCACCCUCACAUUUACAUCCAGGUGCUGCUGCCCUCAGUCUGUUGCUUGUGCUGAAUCCCAAACUUUUUCUGAUGAUUAUCUGUAUGUUUUGAAAUGGUCUUUGCUUGUAGGUGAGCAGAAAAUCCCUGUGUAUCUUUUUACUGUCUGAGAGAAGCUGCUGAGCUGUUGCACUUACACAUCUUUGAAAUGUAACUUUACCAUCCCAGUCAGUCGAACAUGGAGUUUCAUGUCAGUUAAUGAAUCUAAACUAUGGCUGCACUUUGUAUCCUCCUGCUUGCAUAACUGGAAUAAAGGAGUUUGGUUUGAAAA